GGAAAAAAAAUCGUAUUCUUUCUUGAAUAUAAAAGGAUCUACGAAACCACGAUCUUGCUUAAGUUUUGCCAUGAAUGAUUUGAUGAAGAAUAAAAACUACGUAAUUGAACAAAUAGGGAACAUAUUAGUUGAUCAAACUAGACCUAUGAAGGAGAGAUUUCGAGCGUUAUUUACUCUGAAAAAUAUUGGUGGUGAAACCUCAAUACAUUGCAUCGAAAGGUGCUUCGACGACCCUUCAGUGCUUUUAAAACACGAAUGUGCGUACUGCCUUGGGCAAAUGGGAGAUUCUUUUGCAGUCCCUAAACUUGAAUCGAUUUUGAAGAAUACUGCAGAAGAUCCUAUCGUGCGACAUGAAGCAGGAGAAGCUCUAGCUGCGAUUGGGAAGGAAAGUAGCCUGGAAAUUCUUCAAAAUUACAUCGACGAUCCUUGUGUUGAAGUUUCAGAAACAUGUCAGCUUGCUGUUCAAAAAAUGAAGCACAAUACUUUUAUGGAAUCGAAAGUUUCUAGAAACCCUUACUAUUCAGUCGACCCGGCACCCCCUUAUCCUUUGGACCAGUACAGCACUACAGAACUUGAAUCCAUUCUUCUGGAUGAAAAUCGUUCACUUUAUGAUCGGUAUCGUGCUAUGUUUAGUCUGAGAAAUAUGGAAUCCAACAGUGCAGCUCUAUCCCUUGCCAAAGGACUUGAUUGCGGAAGUGCGCUAUAUCGUCAUGAAAUUGCAUAUAUUUUAGGGCAAAUGCAGAAAGAAAAUACUGUGCAACAACUUGCUAAGCUGCUCUGUGAUGAAACUCAACAUGAAAUGGUGCGUCAUGAAUGUGCUGAAGCAUUGGGAUCAAUUGCCACAGAAGAAUGCAUGGAAAUUUUAGCUCGCUAUCUCACAGAUGAAAGAACUGUUGUCAGGGAGAGUUGUGAAGUGGCACUGGACAUGUGUGAUUAUGAAAAUAACAAGGAGUUUCAGUAUGCUAAUGCUUUAUUGAAGAUUUCUUCUUGAUAAUGUAUUCAUUUGUGUAAUUGCUAAAAGAAAAUAUAUGAG